GCGCGGGCAGCCAGGCGUUCUCCGUCUCGCUCCGUGAGGGCUGCUGGCCCCGCAGCAGCGGCGGCGGCAGCACCAUGUUUCUUCACUCAGUCAACCUCUGGAACCUGGCGUUUUACGUGUUUAUGGUCUUCAUGGCGACUGUGGGGCUGUGGGAUGUCUUCUUCGGCUUCGAGGAGAACAAGUGCAGUAUGAGCUACAUGUUUGAGUACCCGGAGUAUCAGAAAAUAGAACUUCCAAAGAAACUGGCAAAACGCUAUCCAGCAUAUGAGUUAUAUCUUUAUGGAGAAGGAUCCUAUGCUGAGGAACACAAAAUUCUCCCUUUGACGGGUAUUCCAGUUCUCUUUCUUCCUGGUAAUGCUGGAAGUUACAAACAGGUUCGUUCUAUUGGCUCUAUUGCACUUAGAAAAGCAGAAGACAUUGACUUCAAGUACCACUUUGACUUCUUUAGUGUGAACUUCAAUGAGGAACUGGUGGCACUGUAUGGUGGCAGUCUUCAGAAGCAGACCAAGUUUGUGCAUGAGUGCAUUAAAACAAUUCUUAAACUCUACAAGGGUCAAGAAUUUGCUCCAAAAAGUGUGGCAAUAAUUGGUCAUUCUAUGGGUGGCCUUGUUGCAAGAGCGUUGCUUACACUGAAGAAUUUUAAACAAGAUUUGAUAAACCUUCUUAUUACACAAGCCACACCUCAUGUUGCUCCUGUGAUGCCAUUAGAUCGCUUCAUCACGGAUUUUUAUAUGACUGUAAACAACUAUUGGAUUCUAAAUGCUCGACACAUAAAUCUAACCACACUUUCUGUAGCUGGAGGAUUCCGGGAUUACCAAGUUCGUUCAGGACUGACUUUUCUACCAAAAUUAAGCCAUCAUACCAGUGCCUUAUCUGUUGUGAGUUCAGCAGUGCCUAAGACCUGGGUCUCAACAGACCACCUCUCCAUUGUGUGGUGUAAACAAUUGCAAUUGACUACAAUUCGAGCAUUCUUUGAUCUUAUUGAUGCUGAUACUAAACAAAUAACUCAAAACCCUAAGAAGAAAUUGUCAGUUUUGAAUCACCACUUUAUAAGACACCCAGCAAAACAUUUUGAAGAAAAUCCAUCAAUAAUUUCUGACUUAACAGGGACAUCUAUGUGGGUUCCAGUAAAAGUGUCCAGGUGGACUUAUGUGGCUUACAAUGAAUCUGAUAAGAUAUAUUUUACAUUUCCUCUUGCAAAUCACAGAAAAAUCUACACUCAUGUCUAUUGUCAGAGCACCAUGCUGGAUACAAAUAGUUGGAUUUUUGGCUGCAUAAACAGCACUUCUAUGUGCCGGCAAGGGGUAGAUUUAUCCUGGAAAGCUGAAUUACUGCCAACAAUUAAGUUUCUGACCUUAAGACUUCAAGACUAUCCAUCUUUGUCUCAUCUCGUUGUUUAUGUACCAUCUAUUCAUGGAAGUAAGUUUGUUGUAGAUUGUGAAUUCUUUAAAAAAGAGACAAGAUCCAUACAGCUUCCUGUAACUCAUCUCUUUUCCUUUGGAUUAUCUUCAAGGAAAGUGGUUUUAAAUACAAGCGGCCUGUACUACAAUAUAGAGCUUCUGAACUUUGGACAGAUUUAUCAAGCAUUUAAGAUCAACGUGGUAAGCAAGUGCUCAGGAGUCAGAGAAGAAAUAACUAGUAUCUAUAAACUUCAUAUUCCCUGGUCUUACGAAGAUUCACUAACUAUUGCACAGGUUCCAUCUUCCACAGAAAUUUCUCUGAAACUUCAUAUUGCUCAACCAGAAAAUGACAGCCAUGUGGCAUUAUUAAAAAUGUAUACAUCAUCAGACUGUCAGUAUGAGGUGACAGUUAAGACUUCCUUUUCACAAAUACUUGGACAGGUAGUUAGAUUUCAUGGUGGAGCUCUGCCUGCUUAUGUCAUUUCUAGUAUUCUUCUUGCAUAUGGAGGGCAGUUAUAUACUCUAUUCUCAACAGGUUCUUGCUUGGAGUAUGCUGUUAUGUUGGAUAAAGAAGCCAAACCUUACAAAGUUGAUCCUUUUGUAAUUAUGGUUAAGUUUCUUUUGGGGUAUAAAUGGUUUAAAGAACUAUGGGAUGCACUAAUGUUGCCAGAAUUAGAUGCCAUUGUCUUAACUAGUCAGAGCAUGUGUUUCCCCCUUGUCUCCUUGAUUCUCUUUUUAUUUGGAACAUGUACUGCCUAUUGGAGUGGCCUAGUCUCUUCUACAUCUGUGAAACUCCUUUCAUCAUUGUGGCUAGCUAUGAAAAGACCCUCUGAACUUCCCAAAGAUAUCAAGAUGUUAUCUCCAGACUUGCCCUUUUUGACAGUUGUUUUGAUCAUAGUUAGUUGGACAACUUGUGGAGCACUUGCCAUACUUCUUUCUUAUUUUUACUAUGUGUUUAAGAUCGUUCAUUUGCAAGCCUGCCUAACAACUUUUAAAAAUAACCAGCCUGUGAAUCCCAAGCAUUCUAGAAGAAGUGAAAAAAAAUCCAAUCACCAUAAAGACUCUGCAGUACACCAUCUUCGUUUAUCUGCUAAUGACGCUGAAGACAGCCUUCGUAUGCACAGUACUGUGAUUAACUUACUAACAUGGAUAGUGUUACUCAGCAUGCCGUCUUUAAUUUACUGGCUAAAGAAUCUUAAGUAUUAUUUUAAACUUAAUCCUGAUCCAUGUAAGCCUUUGGCAUUUAUCCUUAUUCCGACUAUGGCAAUUCUUGGAAAUACUUACACUGUUUCAGUAAAAUCAAGUAAGUUAUUGAAGACUGCCUCACAGUUUCCACUUCCUCUGGCUGUUGGUGUAAUUGCUUUUGGGUCAGCACACUUAUACAGGGUUCCAUGCUUUGUCUUCAUUCCUCUUUUACUCCAUGCAUUGUGCAACUUUAUGUGAGGGUGGACAUAAGGAAUGAUGAAGACGAUUUAUGCCUUUAGGGUCCGUAAGAAGAAUGAACAUACAGAUCCAUCAACAUGGACAGCGAGGUCCUUUGGAGAAGACAAGUCUAUUUUUACAGUAUUGAAAAAUAGGAAAUUAGUUUUGUACUGCUUGAGAAAAGUAGUUGAAGCAUGGUUUUGUUUUGCGGUAAAUAUCUGGUAAUAGUCCUGUUUGAAAAAUUCUUGAAAGGAUGUGCUGGCCACUGUCUUUGAGGACUGCAGUGCAUUAUCUACUACUCUGCUUCAUCAGUCGUACCAGAGAUUUUCACAUAGAGACUCAGUAGCUACCGCGUUGUAAUCUCGUGUCAAACACUGCUCGUUUCACCAUGCUCUCUUCUGAGAACUGGGUUAUUUUAUACUUGUUGUGGUUUACAUUUGGAAAAUAAGUCUUAAAAGAUUGAUGAAAUUUACAGCUGUUGGGUUUCUCAAAAGUGAAAUAGCCACGAAGAGUCUUCGGUCAGUUUUUGACAGCUGUAGGGAAUCUAGUAGAUCUUUUGUCUUCUUAACAUCCAUGAAAAUCACUGCUUUGAAUUGUAAGGAGACAGGAUUUCCUGGUAACCAGUGCAAGAUUGAUGGAUGGAAACAUGAUUCAAAUUUGAAACAGUGAAAUAUUCUUAUUAUUUUCAAAAAUGAAUCUUAGGUAUUCUUGGUGAAUACUAGGAGACCAUUAAAGAGAUCUAUUGUUAAAUAUAAAGAAAAUUCUCAUAGAUAUUUACUUACUGGCAUUGAAGGAGUUCAGUUGUUCGGUCUAUGCCAUUUGAUAUAAUUCAUUUUCCCCAUGGUUUCCAAAAGUGCCUCCAGUCAUGAUAAAUUGGUAACUAAAUUCCAUUGGUUGGAAAACUAUAGGUUUGUGCCAUUUUUAUUCUACUGUGGGAAAACAUCAACAUGAUCAAGUGUAGCAUUAUAUUUGAUGUAUAAAAUGAAGCUAUCAAUAUUUAGUAGGGUAAAUAUCAACAGGACACCUGAAUAAAUUGAGACUUUAGCCAGUAAUAGAGGAAUCUUGAUUUUCCCAGAUGACUUCUAGGGUUACUGUCUGACAAAUAAGAGAGUAACAUUUCUAUUUCAUUUUGAAUUUCAGUUCAUUCUUAGCUGCAAAGGAGUGGGAAGAAGGUAAUGGAACGAGAUGAAAGAAUAUAGUAGUCUUAGCUUUUGGAUGGCAUAAACUCAAGCUGAGCUAACAUCUGGCUUGUGUAGCCAUUCUUGUAGAUGUGUAUACUGUAAAUAUCUAAAAUCUCUCAAGUAAAGUGAGCCCACACUUAUGAACUUGUGUCCUUGUUAGUACCCAAGUGUGUCCUAGAGAACCAGUUUCAUUUUUUCUGCCGUUGCUUCUGGAUUCCAUUGCAGGCUCUCAGAUGUUACAGCCUGUAAAGGGUUACCUCAUUUCUCAGUUCUUCUCAGGUCCUUGCUUUUCAAGCAUCAGUUAAAAAAAAAAGUCUUGCUGUUUUAUUUGAGGAUUACAAGUUUGAUUCCAUUGUUGUCUUUUUCCAGCUUCAUGCCUAUUGUUCAGUAUGUAUACUUUCACUUACUGAACCUAUUAAAGGAAAGUGAUAACUUCAUAAUAGAUGUGGCAGCCAUAUCAGGCUCUUGGUUGUUUGAAAGAAUUAGCAAAAGGGAUAAAAUAUUAGUGUUUGUGUGUUCGGUCCCUGAGGGAAAACAGAAUUUAUUAUAUACUUAUCUCAUGACAUACCACAUGUAUACUUAAGUUAAGGACACUUCUGCCUAUGGGUUUACAUGUCCUUAUAAACAACUUUUUUACAUGUGGUAUCUUUUAGUUUGCCACUGAUACUGUAUCUUGAGUUACAAGUUAAAUAUGUCAUUUAACUGUGUCUGAAUUUGCACUUAUAUCUACAUAUAGAAAGAACUUCAUUAAUUUGUAUCUUCUGUUGACAGCCAUAAUCAUUAUUUAUAUAAUCUAAAGUUUCACCCAGUCACUACUGCUCAUGAAUAAAGUGAGACUCAAACUUUUUCUCAUUUGUGAGUAGUACACUUGCUUUUUAAAGUACUAGACUAGGCAAACUAAUUCUCACUAAAAUGUUUUCAUGUGAGUGUGGUUUUUCCAAUCCGUUAAGUACUAUGUGUGCCAACAAAAUAUUUCAUUUUAAAGAUGACAGAAUUCCAAUUAAACUCUUUAUAAAUAAGUAGGGGCUUUAUCCAUUAUAUAUAUCUAUAUACUAACACACACACACACACACACAUAUAUAUAUAAUGGUAUGGAAAAAUGAAGAAAUAGAAGGUAAAAGAGGAUAGUAUGUUUUGUAGCUUUCAUUUGUGUUUCUAGAUUUUUUUCAGUCCUCUAUGAUAAAAAUACCCCAUUUGUGAAUUUAGGACAAAUGAAACUCAGUAUAAAUGCACAUUCACUCUUUCACAAUCUUUCCCUUAUUCUGCUGUAACAGUGCCCCCAACUGUGUUAGCCUGUCUCAGGUUCUCAUUUCUUGAAUUCAGUUUGAAUUCUAUAUGUACACUUUUCAUAUACUUUGUAUACACUUUCAUUUUGACAGGGUCUUCAUCAAGCACUUUAAAUUCAAAUUGCUACCAGAGUUGAGAAGGUAGACUGUGUCCUAAGAUUAGCAAAAUUGAUUUUUUGAACACUUGGGGAAAAAAAAAUCCUUUGCCUUUAGAUUACAUACUGUUUCUCUCAUGCUUACAACCUAUAGUAUUAGUUGGCAAAACAGCACAGCCCUCUUAGCAGCAUCUGACUGCUCAGUGGCAGUAAGAGAUUAUCUAAUUCAGCAAAUUUCUGAACUCCACUCUUAGGGCGUUUUUAUUUAGAAAUUGUUGUGUUUUGAGUUUGUUUGAGCUUAUAAAAUAAUUCCUGGACUCUAUUGUUGAUGAAUAGACCAAACACCAACUGGAAAGGAAAACACUGGGUACUUAGAAUGUUCCUAAGGCCUCCUCCGGGGUUAUUAUUGUAAUUUAAAACUGACAGUAUGAUGGAGAUUAUUGACACUUUUUUCUGGACCUUUUUUAUGCUAGAAAUUAAACAGGUUUUCAUAACUCUUUCCUUGUUUAUCAUCAGAAUGAAAAUACUUAAGGCAGUGUUUCUAAGAAAAAGCCAUUUGUGCCUGAUUAACAAUGAUUUUGAGUCUCUUUAAUACAUACAGAUAAUAACAAUCAAUCUUUCAUUGUUUUCAUAUUUUGGUUAGUUAAAUUCAGAUUGUAUAACAGAAUACCUUUUCUUGAGUGAACUAUACUAAUAUCUACAUGAUUAUUCAAUGAGGAAAUGGAAAUAAAGAACUAUAGUGGGUUGAAUAGAUCUUUGUUGUUAUCACUUUUGUAGACACUACACAUUUCCAUAACACUCAAAUUUACGUGGGAUGAUUUGUUCAUUAAACAGUUCUUACAUUUUCUUAAUUCUCUGGACUCCUCAGAACAUAAUGUGUUCAUUCCUCUUUGCUACUUGUUAGCGCCUCUUGUACAAAGUGGCCAAGGGAAAUACAGGGAAGUAAAACUCAGUUUUCAGUUCUUUUGAGGUAAACUAGGGCUAUUGACUCCUGAGUGCCCACAUAAACCAGUUGGCCUGUGCUUUCAUCUUAGACAUUAGGUCUCAGUCAGUGUAAUGUUUCCCAUUAAUAAGGUUUUAGUGUAACACUUCUCAAUGCUGCAUUUGAAAUUUUAGGAAAAGGUUUUAAAAUCACCUGGGAAAAAUUUUUUUAAUAUGUUGGGACCUUCUGUGACUAGGUAUUUUUGAUUGUUUUUCCUUGUCACUUUUUGUUCUCUCGAAUGUAUAGUACUUACAAAUUUUAUAUCAUAGGAAACAAGAUACCUUAUGAAGUUUAUUGAGGAAAAUCAGCUUGGAGACUGUGACACUCAAUAGAUGAGAGGACGCAGUAAAAGUAUUUGUAAUAGGAAAUUAGACUCUACCAGGAAACUUCUUGCCAAAUAAGGUAAAUGUAGAAGAUAUUUUUUAUAACAUUGUAAGGUGAUUGAGAGCUGAAAUUUUAGGCCAGUUUUUUUUGAACAAAGAACAUUUCAAAUUCUAUAGUGAACUUUUAUUUACACACACUACUCAUACAUUGUUUCAUAGUAAAUUGUAGUAGAUCGAGGAAAUAAGGCUGUGAAGUUACUUAUACUCUGGUUUUUAUAAGGAAACAUCAGAUCAGUAAUCCAAAUUCAGAUGUAUGUACUAUAAAUUCUCAAAAGCUCAUACUUUUUAAAAAAAAUUAUGACUAUCCUGAUUUUAUAUGCUUAAUAAUUCAGUUUUGAGAACAACAUAAAAUUUGGCAGUAGUGAGAAUAGACAAGCUAUUGUUCUAUUUAUAGUAUAAAUUUGACAGAAUACCUAAAUUGAUAACAUGUCUUUCAAAAGCUUGGUGAUAUUUUAAGCUACUUCUUAAUUAAAUUGUGUAUGGUUGAUAAUUUUUAAAUCAAGUAAAUACUUUGUGAAAACAUUUGUCGUGUUAUCCUGCCAAAAAUUUUGAAAUAUCAAGUGAUCAGUUUCUGAUGACUUUGUAUAUGACUUGGUAGAUACGAGUCAGAAUCAAUCUGUAAUCAGUGUACAUUAUGACUUUGAAUACUUAAAAGAAACUGUUUCUGUUGGUGUAUUUUAACUAGUUUGUUUAUUUACAUAUUUCAAUUCAAUCUUAGUUUAGGAAGUCUAAAAGUAACCAUUUUGGUAAAGUUCAUAUGCUAUUUUUUUUAAUGUUUUGGUUUUUAGUAUUUAUAUAGUAGUAAUGUUUUUCGAAAGUUUAUAGACAAAGCCUAGAGAUAUUAACUGUUCAAAAGCCUAGGUGAUAGGCAUAUUUUGUAUUUCAUGUUGCACUUGUUCUGUUUCAUAUUGGACUUUUUACAUCCCUUUUAUAGGAAAAAAUUCUUAGCAUAAAGCUCUGCAUUGGAAAUUAUAUAACUGUAUUCGUAUGGUUAGCAAAACACACUUUGCCACCAAAGCUAAAUGAAACUGUAAAAUACCUCUGGAUAUUUGUGCCAAUGAACUUUUCUUAGCAUAUUGGAAUUAAAACAAAAAUAAUCUUCUCAGUAUUUAUUAUCUAGGACUUAAUAAAUAUGUAAAGCAUGAAAACUUCUAUUCCAUAUUCCAAUUUUUCUUUUGAAAAUAUUUAAGAUUAUUGCAGAGUAUGUCCUAUUUUGCCUGAUUUCUUGACUUUUCAGAUUUUAUUAAGUAUAAGAAUUCACACAAUAAUGAUCUUUCAGCAUUUAGUUGAAGUGAUCAUUUGAAGUAACUAUGCUUCAAAUCAUUUUGUGAUAUGAAACAUUAAUUUUUAUUGUAUAAACUGUUUUGGUAUAGGUAUCUCAUUUAUAUAAUUGAAAGUUUAUUAUGGAAUUUCUUUUUUCUUUGUGUUUCCAUUUAAUCCCUUCAUACAGUCACGUGUUUCACCAGGGGAAAUUAUCCACUAGGACCUAACAUAGUUCAGUGAAGUAAAACUUUUUUAAAGUGUUUUUCUUAAAGGAAAAUAUUCUAGAAAAUCAAGACGUUAAUGCUAAAGUGUUAACAUUAAUACAGUGGUGUACUUGAGAGACAAGUAGAAAUAGUGUAGUCUCAGAAACUGCUGUUUAUUUGCUUAAAUGCUAUAAUUUUUCCCCAUUGAAAUUCUAAGGAAAUUUCAGCCCCUCAUAGUUUGCCCCAUCAUUUAUGACACUCACUGUUUCUCUGCUCAGUAGUGUUCGUACAGUUUGCAUUAAGUAGCCUUGAGGUGAAGAGGCAGCACAUAAAGCCAAAUAUUAAAAUAUUUGGCCUUGAUAUAGUGAUAGUUGAUUCAAUUAUAUAAUGGGAGCUAUGGGUGAUAUUAGUAAAAAGAUGAUGUACAAGACGUAAAUUUAGUGUACACUUUUUUUGGAAUGAGUUUGUCCUCUGUGUUGAAUUAAUGUUAGCCUUAGUAGGAGAUGCUGUGUUUAAUGUAAUGCGUUCUACAGUCAAGUAUCUAUUUGUUGGAAUAUUGGUUAUAUAACCUUUCCCUCCUCUGUGGUGGAAGGGAGAAAAGGCUCCAAUUUGUAGUGUAUCUAAAUUAGGAAAUUGUAUCAUGUAUUUACAUUUUUAAAAUACAGAGCAAUGAUGUAAACAUUGUUUUGAAGUGAUUGUAUUGCAGUUUUUGAAAAUCAUGACUAAAUAUAAAUGUAGCAAUGUACCCAUGAGAAACCAGACCAAAAUUGAAUAUAUAAUCAUCACUGUGACCUUGAACUUGUAGUAAUUUGAGAUAAAACAGAUUGUGCCUUAAAAUGAUAAAGGAAUGCCCUGCAGAUUUAUAACUAUAUUUUAUUAUGGGUGGUCUUUGCAAAUUGGUCUUAAAUCUUUUUAUUUGAGGUUGGUGAAAUAAAAAUACUAGCACUUCCCCCUUAUAUUUACAGAACUAUUGCUCUAGAAUUCUCCCUUAAUAUCUGUAGUUUUUCUUUUUAAUUGACUUAAGUAAGCUACAUAGAUGUAGAAAAUAAAGUUUGGCUAAUGUGUCUGAAAAAAUUAUUUUAGAAGAUGGUGGCUCUUCUAUUGUGAACUUAUUUCACAUGGAGAAACUUGCAUUUGUAAUUUUUGUCUUAUUAAUGAAUAUCAAAGACAUGAAUUCUUUCCUAAGAUAUGUUCUCAUUUUUCCUCAGAUUAUUGAGGUUUGUGUACGUAUACAUCAAAUAAAGUUAAUUUACCCAAUUGUA